AUGGGGCACAAAAAUAAGAAGCCUUACCGCCUAGAAACGACUAGAAAGCCCGAUAUACAGCUCUCUUUUGAGCGACCGGCGCUACAGCAGAAAUCAAAGAUGGCGCCUGAGGCCCACUAUGACACUGAGAUGUCAGAGGCCUCACAGGACGACAGAGAGGCCUUACCCUCUCCUAAAUUGGAUAAAGCUUCCCUCUAG